AUGUGGUCGCUUGGCAUAUGCUUGACGCUUGGAAGUGCUGCUCUGGCGGGAAACUCAACAGCUCCAGCUUUCGAAGCAGCUCUUGCGCAGCGACUAUUCCCGGAGCUGACAAAGUUCUGGAGCAAUAACAGUAAAGCAUGGCCGCAUAGUGUGCAACAGACGAUCGACAAUCUCCGGAAUACACGACAGGAUCGUCUCGCUCAGAGUAUAGGCUGCACACCCGAGCCAGCGUGCAUCAUCGAGGCUAUCAAGAUCAAUAGCAACGACCAGCGGAUCUUGACCGGCGCCCUGAAUGCCAGUAGUGCUCCGGCCUCGCUACUUCAAGUCUGGCCGCAGUAUGUCAAUGCCACCAACCGUCUACUGGAAGUGUAUGGAAACGGCACUGAGCCACUCUAUCCGGAGAUCCAUGCCAUCUCGUACCCGGCGAACUCUCCCGACUACAAGCUAUUCCUGGAGACUCUCCGAACCUACCAGCUGACCGAACCCACCUCCAUCAAGACUCCACCCUGCGACGCCAUCGACAUUGGCCUGACACUUCUCGAUGCCAACGACCGCGACAACGUCCUCUACUUUCCCGACCUCUGGCAGCGCCAAAACGCCCCAGCUCUCACGAAAGCCAAGACCCUCGACUGGAGCAACUACAACUACUCCGCCAUCCUGAUCCCCGGCUUCGGUCCAGAAAUCUACGGCGUCCCACUUUCCUUCCUGGGCAAGACACGCCUCCGCAUCGCAGUAGCGGAGUUCAACAAAGGCGGCGUCGCACCCUUCCUCAUUCCAUCAGGCGGCAACGUCCACCCCAACAAGACGAUCUACAACGAAGGCCUAGAGAUGGGACGUUGGCUCAUCGACCAAUACCGCAUGGACAACGCUUCCAUUGCCCUUGAGCCGAAUGCGAGACACACCACCACGAAUCUACGCAACACUGCCAGAACGCUGAAGGUGCUAGGUGUGCCGACGGAUAAGCCGGUCCUAAUAAUCUCGGAUAAGAGUCAGAGGAAUGAUAUCGCGAGUGAGAGUUUUGCAGCGAGGUGUGUGAGGGAGCUGGGAUAUGUGACUGGAGAUGUUGGGCCGAAGAUUGGGGACUUUGCGGUCGAGUGGAGGCCUAAUGGGAGGAAUGAGGUGGUUGAUCCUAUUGAUCCGUUGGAUCCGUAG